GUGAGAGGUAGGGAGUGUGUGUCGCUCACUCACUCCGGCUGGUUGGCUGAGGAGACCCGGCGGGCGCUGCCUUGGGGGCGGGAACCCAGCGGAGCCGCCCGGAGAAGGAGGAGGAGGAGGAGGAAGAAGCGGCAGCAGCAGCAGCAGCAGCAGCGCGCAGCGGCUGAAGAACAGAGGGCGCAAGGCGGGAGAAGGGCCGGUCUGGGACAGGCACCCAUGAGCCUCCUCCGAGGCCGGAGCGGGCGGUGAGGAGAGGAGCUCCGGCGGGCAGGCAGGGACAGAGCCAGAGCCGCCUGCUCGUUCGCUUGGCCCAGCGCCGCGGCGGCGCCUAGCAGCGGGCGGCGUCAUGGACUGGCUUAUGGGCGGCGAAAGACCUGUACUUUCUCAAACUUCCAAAACUGGAUUAAGCUGCAAAAUGGUUCUACAGGCAGUUGGCAAAGUAUUAAGGAAAUCCAAGGGAAAACCAAACGGUAAAAAGCCUGUACCUGAAGAAAAGAAACUCUAUCUAGAGCCGGAAUAUACAAAGUCCAGGAUUACUGACUUUGAAUUCAAAGAGUUAGUCAUGUUGCCACGUGAAAUAGACCUUAAUGAGUGGCUAGCUAGCAAUACAACAACUUUUUUCCACCAUAUCAAUUUACAGUAUAGUACAAUCUCUGAAUUUUGUACAGGAGAGUCAUGUCAGACCAUGGCAGUGUGCAAUACACAAUACUACUGGUAUGAUGAGCGGGGAAAGAAGAUCAAGUGUACCGCCCCUCAAUAUGUUGACUUCGUCAUGAGUUCCGUGCAGAAGCUAGUGACAGAUGAGGAUGUCUUUCCCACAAAAUACGGCAAGGAAUUCCCCAACUCCUUUGAGUCUCUAGUGAAGAAGAUUUGCAAGUACUUGUUCCAUGUGCUGGCCCACAUCUAUUCUUCACACUUCAAGGAAACGUUGGCACUGGAGCUGCAUGGACAUUUGAACACACUCUACAUACACUUCAUCCUAUUCAUCAGGGAGUUCAACUUGGUGGACCCUAAAGAAACCACCAUCAUGGACGACCUCACAGAGGUCCUCUGUAGCAGCAGCGGGAGCAGCAGCAGCAGUAAUGGCAGUGGCAAUGGCAGCGGUGGCAGUGGCAGCGGCAGCAGUGGCAGCAGCGCAGGAGCACAGAACCAUGUGAAGGAGAGAUGAGUCCUCCCGACAGGAGCAAAACUAAUGCUAACACUUUUUUUAAAAAAAGAAAUACUCUAUAUUCUCUGUGUGUAUGUGUAUGUAUAUGUGCAUAUGUAUAUAUAUACAGACAUACACAGCCAUGACAGUUUAAGCAAUUAUGCUGCCACCACAGGACUUGUAGACGUAUGGGACUGUAUGGAGCUUUUGUUAAAUGCAUCAUCCUUGGCGAGAAGUUGCACCAGUUCUAUUUUAUUUUUCCUCCUCCCCUCUUUCUUUUUCUCCCCUGUCAGAUGGAUGAUGAGUGCUGUUUUUAGAGAAGAACCACAUUUUUUGAGUUGGGCUAUUGCUUUUGAGUUUGUUUUUCCAUUGCCCACUUCUCUCCCCCUUGUGGGGAGUCCUUGAAUGAAAGCCCCUUUCUCUCUGUCUCCCUCUAGGAUGCUGGCACGGCCAUUUUAAAAAUGUUAUAAGAAGUGACUUUAACUUGUGAAGAGGCUUAAGAUGCAGAUGUUUUGUUUUGAGGGGGGCAUUAAGAUUUGUCUUUGUUUUUACUUAAAUUGGCCCUUUUCCUUCCCCUCCUAUCCAGACUUUUUGCAUCUAGCCCUUUGCUGACUUGUAAUGCGAAGAAGAGUUUUGGCUCAACUAGUGUAGCAAUAAGGCUUCCAGCGCACUUAAUGGAUGUGGCUCUCCAGUCUACCUGGUCUCAGCGUGUGAAUCUUGAAAGAGCACCCACAAACAUGUUUUGCUUAUUGCUCCUAGUUUCUCUGCCCAACCUUUAUCUCCUCUUUUCCCAAACACAAAUACCAGAAUUAAAAUAGUGAAGGGAUUCGAAUCCAAACCCAGUGAUAAAAGCCAUGACCGUUUAUUUGGCAUUGAACCGGGCAGAUGGAAAGGGGCACAGAACACAGUCUGUCAUCACCUGUGCUAGAGAGAUGGCUGUUGGCAUAUAAUUAUAUUGUUGGCUUAUUUUAGUUCAUCUGUCCAAUAAUAAUAAUAAAAAAAUCUAUCAGGCAUAA